UGGCGGAUGACUCACGUGCGCACUCGGAGGCCCCUCUCCCCUGCGCUAUCUCUGUCACUGCAUCGGUUUACCGUCACCGCUCAGAACUUCCCCGCAUGCACACAGGCAUAUAACCGGACGAUCGUUUAAUCCUCGCUCAGCAAACACUAAUAACGGAGUUAGAUAUUACUCCUGCUGCCCGAGAAAACGUCUCCAAUCCACUCGAGUGACACGAGCCAGUUCACACGUGCUCAAGGCAAUGUAUUUGCAAUCGCCUGGGAUCGAACCCACUUAACGCAAUGCUCUAACCACUGAGCUACAGAACACAUUUACGCAAGAGCUCCCCCGGUAGGUACAACCGCAGGCUGUUGCACAUUCCCUGGUUGCAGAUAAAAAUAAUAAACGAAACAAAAAAUGCCUUGCAUGUUCAACUCUAACCUUUACCUGCGCUAAAGUGGUUAAUGUGGUGUCUGUCUGAACGGAAAUGGCCUUUAAAACGAUGGAAAUAACCAUUAACCAUUAGCAUUUAGUGACACUAGACUCAGUUCUAUAGAACCUGAAGGUAGGGGUAAAAUGGAGUAUGCUUUGGUCCUCUGCAGUACAUGAAGUGUUUUAUAAAAUAAAAUUCACAUAAAAAGUAUUUAAAAUAAUAAUCAAAUGCUUAUUUGCUAUGAAAGGAACAUUUUAUUAGACGAGUAGUGUUCAAUGAUGUCGGAAAGCAUGGAUGUGAUGUAAGUAAAUCACCUCAUACACAAGUAUCAAAUAAUUUGAAUCUGGCAUUUUCACUGAAUACAGUAAUAGUGUAUGUGAAAGAAUAUAGUAAUUUUUGACAAAUUAAAACAUUUCAUUGCUUUGUGCUUUAUGUGUAAUGUACAUUGUUGUAUGUUGCAAUGUGCUCUACCAUUUAAAUGUUUUAAGUUUGCUAAUUUUAAGCCCUUUUUAACCGUUUUUAACCCAAAGUAGUUUCUCACAGAAAGUUAACAUGAAGAUAGAGGACAAAGAAGAUCAACAAACCAGGUAAAUAGAACAGUUAGUAACGGACAACAAUAAACAAACAAACAAAAACAAGAAAGUUUGCAUAAAUUUGAUGCUCAAUACUUUAAAAAUAGCUGUGUGUGCUAAUCUUUUUGUUUAUACUGUUUCAGGUUAAGAUCACUAUUGUUGUGCAAAGAAACACGAAUUUCCCAAAAGUUGUUGGUCACUCUGUUUAAACAAAUGCGCUCCAAAAGUAGUCCGUCCCUUAAAGGGAUAGUUCUCCCAAAAAUGAAAUUUCUUUGUUCAUUUGGUCACCCUCAUGUCAUUACAAACCCGUAUGAUAUUUUAGAAUAUUUUAAAGAAUGUUGGUAACCAAACAGCAGACCCCACUGACCUUUGUUGUAAGUACACAAUGCCACUGAGACAUUUCUCAAAAUAUCGUCUUUUGUGUUCUAAAAGAAAAAGUCACAUAGAGGUUUUAUUUGACGCAAGAAUAAAUAAAUGAUGACAGAAUUUCUGUUUUUGGGUAAGCUAUCCCUUUAAAUAAUGCUGCGGUCUGUGAUUGAAAGGGUAGUGUGUCUAUGAGUCAGGGGCUUUAGAGCCGGACUGUGUGAGCGCAGGCUGCAAGGAGGUUGCUCUGUGGCAAAGCUCGUCUCUCUUUAUUUCUCACUUGCUAUCACUCUCUUAUUUCCUGUUAUUUUUGUCCAUUAUCUUGUCUUGGGAUUGAAGGAUCGAAAGCUUAUUUGGAUCUAGACACACCCCUAGUGGUCUGUCUGUGCACUGGACAGAAGUGCACUCUGCUCUGCUGUGUCACUAGUCGUGCUGGAAUAGUCGUGGAUCCUGCUGUACUGUAACUACAGAACACCCAUGCUGCGUGUAUUUGUCCUGUGUGCCCAGAAUGUGCUCACGCAUGAUGAAGACGUCAGUGAUGCCUACUGCACCGUCACUUAUGAAGGAUCUUUGCCUCUUCAGUGAUCUGAUGGUAGUUGGACUUGCUUAUCUGUUGGAGUGUUGUUUGGGCAUCAAGGCAACAUGUUGAGGUGUUUUCUGCAGAGGGCGACCAACCUAAAGAAUGUAGAAAAGGGGGAAAGGCAUAGUGACCCGCUUGCUAGCAUCACUUUCAGAGGGGUAAAAAAGAAGACCAAAGUCAUAAAAAAUAAUGUCAACCCAGUGUGGAAUGAGGGCUUUGAGUGGGACUUGAAAGGUGUGCCCUUAGAUUCUGCAGCAGAGAUUCAUGUUGUCAUCAAGGACCAUGAGAAGAUGGGCAGAAAUAGGUUUCUGGGGGAGUGUCGUGUGGCUCUUCGUGAUGUUCUUAAUUCUCAAAACCUAGCAGCUACUUUUACUGUCUCCAUGCUCGAUACCAAAAGAAAUAUUACAGGGGCCACAGUAACCCUGCAGGUUUCCUACCUCCCUCCUCCAGGGAUGGCACCCAUAUUCCAGCCUCCACCACAGCCAGAGGCCCAACACAACCCUGUAGAGCUAGACACUGUUACAGUGUUCUCAUUGGACACUAUGGGUGAGGAGGACACUGAGAGUAUGCUUAUGAUGGAGGUGCUGGAGGAGCCCGAACCUGUUCAAGGACCUCAGGGUCAGGACAUCGGGGUCCCCACAGCACCACCAAAGAGAGCCCCUCCAAACUUUAACCACGGCCUAAAGAAAAAGAAGCGUCAGAGCAACAAAUUGCCACUGUCAAACAAGCCACAGGACCUCCAGAUCCGUCUGCGCAUCAUCGAGGGAAGACAGCUGCCUGGUGUUAACAUUAAACCUGUUGUCAAAGUUACGGUUGGAGGCCAGACAAAGCGAACACGCAUCAGAAAGGGCAAUAAUCCAAUCUAUGAUGAGACAUUCUUUUUGAACUUUUUUGAGAAACCUUCAGAUCUUUUCGAUGAAUCCAUAUUUAUAACAGUAUUUGACUCCAGGUCACUACGCAAAGACUCUGUCAUUGGUGAAUUCAAGCUGGAUGUUGGCAUGGUCUACAAUGAACACAAACAUGCUAUUCUGAGGAAAUGGCUGUUGCUUGCGGACCCUGAUGAUCUGUCAGCAGGAGCCAGGGGUUAUCUGAAGGCCAGCUUAUGUGUGCUGGCUGCCGGAGAUGAGCCUCCAAUGGAUAAGAAAGAGGGUCUGGAAGAAAAGGAGGAUAUUGAGGGAAACUUGUUGAGACCAGCUGGUCUUACACUAAGAGGAGCAGCUUUUACUAUCAGAGUGUACAGGGCAGAAGACUUUCCUCAGAUGGAUGAUGCUCUUAUGGACGGAGUGAAACAGUUUCUUGGCUUUGAGUCCAAUAAAAAGAAUCUUGUGGAUCCACUGGUGGAGAUCAACUUUGCAGGAAAAUCGAUUGGUACUAAGAUUCUGGAGAAAAAUGCCAACCCUCAGUGGAACCAGAGUCUCACGCUACCCAUCAGAUUUCCAUCCAUGUGUGAGAAGAUGAGGAUACGAAUUUUAGAUUGGGAUCGAGCCAGUCACAACGAUGUCAUUGGAACUACAAACUUGUGUAUGUCCAAAAUCUCGGCCCCUGGGGGAGAGAUUGAAGUGGAUGACAAUUUAGGCUUUUUGCCGACCUUUGGCCCCUGUUACAUCAAUCUGUAUGGAAGUCCGAGAGAAUUCACCGCCUUCUCAGACCCGCAUGAGGCAUUGAAUCUUGGAAAGGGAGAAGGUGUGGCUUAUCGAGGGCGCAUUCUUUUGGAGCUAAUAACAAAGCUUUCCGAUCAGGUGGAGCAAAAGGUUGAAGACAUACACUCUGAUGAUCUUCUGGUGGUAGAGAAAUUCAUGCGAAAGAGGAAAUACUCUCUGUUUGCUGCAUUCUACUCGGCCACUCUUCUUCAGGAUGUGGAUGAUGCUGUUCAGUUUGAAGUCAGUAUUGGUAACUAUGGCAACAAGUUUGACAACACCUGUCUGCCUCUGGCUUCCACCACUCAGUUCAGCAGGGCUGUGUUUGACGGUUGUCAUUAUUACUACCUACCAUGGGGAAAUGUGAAACCUGUGGUGGUCUUGUCUUCAGAAUGGGAGGAAAUCAGUCCUCGCAUAGAGGCCCUAAACAUGCUGCUUAGCAUAGUCGACAAACUGGAGUCAAAUCUGGAGCAGGUCCAGCUCCAGUUGAAAGCAAGAAGUGAUGAGAAGGACGUGGAGCGGAGCGUUGUCCAGCUGCUUGAUGAUGUCAUAGCUGACUGCAGUGAGGAGCUCCCUGAGCUGAACAAAUGGUCCUGUGCGACUCAGCUGGAUAAAGCUCUGAGGAAUCUGAGAAAGAUUAACAUGCAGCAGAUUGUGCAGGCUGCACUGGCACUCAAACACGGCCCUGAAACUGAACUGAGUGCAGUGCUGGAGCAGGCUGAGGACUGGUCUCUGCGCCUACGCCAUCUCGCUGAGGAGCCGCAGAACAGUCUGCCAGAUAUAAUAAUCUGGAUGCUUCAGGGAGACAAAAGAGUGGCCUACCACAGAAUCCCUGCCCAUCAGGUUCUCUUUUCCCAUGGUUACAGUGGUAAACACUGUGGCCAACUUCAGACAGUUUUCAUGAAGUAUCCGCAGGAUGAGGGAGGAGACAGUAAGAUCCCAGCUCAGAUCCGGCUGAAGGUUUGGUUUGGACUCAGUGCUGAUGUGAAGUUCUUCAACCAGUUUGCAGAGGGCAAACUAUCCGUGUUUGCAGAAACUUAUGAGAACCAGACUAAAUUAGCCCUGGUGGGGAACUGGGGUACGACGGGUCUGACUUACCCCAAUUUCAGUGAUGUGACGGGCAGGCUGAAACUAUCAAAAGAAAACUUUAAACCUUCUCCAGGAUGGAGCUGGGCAGGAGACUGGUUUGUCAGUCCAGAGAAAACAAUGCUUUAUGACACCGAUGCAGGUCAUACAAGCUUUUUGGAGGAAGUGUUUGAAAAUCAGAUGCGUUUGCCUGGCGGGCAGUGGAUUGGCAUGCCAGAGGGCUACACAGAUGUGGUCAGUACAGUACCCUUAGUUCAUUUGGUGUCUUUUGGGUUGCAGAAUGGAGAAAAAGCAGUGCCCAAAGAUGAGAUCGAGUGUCCUCCUGGCUGGGUGUGGGAGGAUAUUGAGUGGAGCGAGGAUCUGAAGCGUGCAGUGGAUGAUCAAGGGUGGGAAUAUGGAAUAACCCUCCCGCCCGACCGCCGGCCAAAGUCCUGGGUUCCAUCCGAGAAGAUGUACCACACCAACCGCCACAGACGCUGGAUCCGACUUCGCCGUAGAGAUAUGCAGAAGAUGGAAGCACUUCGAAAACAGCGUCCGGACGAGUCAGAGCGUGAGGGCUGGGAAUAUGCCUCUCUGGUUGGCUGGAAGUUUCACCUCAAGCAGAAGAAGACUGAUUCCUAUCGUCGCCGGCGCUGGAGACACCGUAUGGAGCCAUUGGAAAAGACGGGGCCAGCCGCCAUCUUUGCUUUGGAGUGUUCACUGAGCAACAUUACUGAUGAAAAGAAUGACGAUAAGUCGGUUACGACGACGUUUGGCGUCAACCGCCCAACCAUUUCCUGCUUCUUUGAUAGCGGGACGUUGUAUCAUUUGCGAUGCUACUUGUAUCAGGCCAGAGACCUGAUGGCGAUGGAUAAGGACAGUUUUUCAGAUCCCUAUGCCACUGUAUCGUUCUUGCAUCAGAGCCAGAAGACAGUGACGGUUCGGAACACGCUCAACCCCACCUGGGACCAGACCCUAAUUUUCUAUGAAGUGGAAAUAUUUGGAGAUCCUAAAGUGACUGAGCGGAGCCCUCCAAACAUUGUGGUGGAACUCUAUGAUCAGGACACAUAUGGUGCUGAUGAAUUUAUGGGGCGUUGUGUGUGCCAACCGUCAAUGAUGUCUUCCCCUCGUCUUGCCUGGUAUCCCAUCCAGAAAGGUGGGAAGGCUGCUGGAGAAAUGCUAGCUGCUUUCGAACUGAUCCGCAGAGAUAAGCCUGCAGUUCAUCACAUACCUGGUCAAGAUGGGGAUAUGCCACCUUCGCAUAUCAUGGAUGAGCUUGUGCUUCCGGGGUUCAUCUCAGACAGUCAACUGCAAUGGCAAGAGGACUCAGAUCUGCCCUAUCCACCACCGCAGAGAGAACCUAAUGUCUACAUGGUGCCGCAGGGCAUAAAGCCUGUCCUUCAGCGCACUGCUAUUGAGAUUCUGGCGUGGGGUUUGCGUAACUUGAGGAGUUUCCAGUUGACCAGUGUAACAUCUCCCAGUCUUCAGGUUGAAUGUGGAGGAUGUGUGGUUCAGUCGUGUGUCAUUCGUAAUUCUAAGAAGAACCCCAACUUUGAUAACAACAUCCUCUUCAUAGUGGUGCGACUGCCUAAGGAGGAGCUUUACAUGCCACCACUGGUCAUCAAGGUUAUAGACAAUCGGCAAUUUGGCAGGAAGCCAGUGGUGGGACAGUGCACGGUCCGCUCGCUGAAUGAGUUCCGCUGCCAGCCGGAGAGCCUGGAGAGAGACCCUACAGAAGAAGAGUUUGAAGAGGCAAUUGCUCCUACCCCUAGAGAUGAAGUUCUCAUUGAUAUUGAUGACAAGGAGCCUCUCAUUCCUGGUCAGGCAGACGGCACCAGCUCUGCCAUUAUUAACAUCUCGUCCUCUCAGUCCAGUCUCCAUGAUGAAUUUAUGGACUGGUGGAGCAAGUUUUAUGCCUCCACAGGUGAGAGGAACAAAUGUGGAAGUUACCUGGAGAAAGGAUUCGACACACUGCAGGUGUAUGACACGGAGCUGGAAAAGGUUGAAGGAUUUGAGAAGCUCGCAGAUUUCUGUCAAACCUUCAAACUCUACCGUGGAAGAACCCAGAACGAGAGCGAAGAUCCGUCUAUUGUUGGAGAGUUCAAGGGCUUGUUUAAAAUAUAUCCACUGCCUGACGAUCCCUCGAUGCCCGCGGUCCCGCGCCAGUUCAGCAAACUCCCACCAAACAGCACAGAGGAGUGUCUGGUACGCGUGUACAUAAUCCAGGCCUAUGGCCUACAGCCCAAAGAUGCCAAUGGCAAGUGUGACCCCUAUGUUAAGAUCACGAUUGGAAAGAAAUCCAUCGAUGACCACGACAAUUACAUACCCUGUACUCUGGACCCUGUCUUUGGAAAAAUGUUUGAGUUGACCUGCUCUCUGCCUCUGGAGAAGGACCUGAAGAUCACACUCUAUGAUUAUGACAUGAUAUCAAAAGAUGAGAAAAUAGGAGAAACCAUCAUCGACCUGGAAAAUCGCUUUUUGUCCCGUCAUGGUGCUCGCUGUGGCCUCCCUCAGUCCUACUGUCUGUCUGGGGUUAACCAGUGGCGAGAUCAGCUGAAACCUACCCAGUUACUUCAUCGUCUGUGUGAGAGACGAAACUACAAGCUUCCUUUCUAUAAGCAUGAUAGAGUCUACUUCAGAGGACAGGAAUACACCGUUGCUGAUCUUGCUCCUGACUCUCACCUGGGACUGGUUCAGGAGCGUCUCGCUCUUUUGGUGCUGAGGAGGCAGGGGCUGGUGCCUGAACACGUAGAGACAAGACCCCUCUACAGCCCCCUGCAGCCUGACAUAGAGCAGGGACGGUUACAAAUGUGGGUGGACUUGUUCCCUAAAUCUUUAGUCCCACCAGGGCCUCCAUUCAAUAUUACACCACGUAAAGCCAAAAAGUUCUUCCUGCGCUGUAUUAUAUGGAACACAAGAGAUGUUAUCCUGGAUGAUGUCAGUGUUACCGGGGAGAAGAUGAGUGACAUUUAUGUGAAAGGCUGGAUGCAAGGGCACGAAGAGAACAAGCCGAAGACAGAUGUCCACUAUCGAUCUCUGGGUGGUGAAGGCAACUUUAAUUGGAGGUUCCUCUUCCCCUUCCAUUAUUUACCUGCUGAACAGCUUUGCACGUUUGAUAAGAAGGAGCAUUUCUGGAGUUUGGAUAAAGUUGAAACCAAACUGCCUCCUAAACUCACUAUCCAGAUCUGGGACAACGACAAGUUCUCCUUUGAUGAUUUCCUCGGCUGUUUGGAGAUGGAUCUCAACCACAUGCUGAGUCCAGCAAAAUCUCCAGAGAAAUGCGGUCUGGAGAUGCUUUCUCAGCCUCAAGACAGGCUGGUUUCUCUGUUUGAGCAGAAGACGGUUAAGGGCUGGUGGCCAUGCCUGAGCGACAGUAAAGGCGAGAAGAUACUUGCUGGAAAGGUGGAAAUGACUCUGGAAAUCGUCUCCGAGAAGGAGCAGGAAGAGAGACCGGCAGGACACGGCAGAGAUGAGCCAAACAUGAAUCCUCAUCUUGAGGAGCCACAGCGUCCUGAGACCUCAUUCCUCUGGUUCUCAUCCCCAUAUAAGACAUUUAGGUUCAUUGUAUGGAGGAGGUUUAGGUGGCUUAUUCUGGGCCUCUUUGUGCUCUUCUUCAUUGUUAUCUUCCUGGGAGUCUUUCUCUACGCCUUCCCUAACUAUGCUGCUAUGAAGAUGGUCGGACCCUUCAGUGGAUUGGGAAAGGGAACGCAGUAAGAAUGUGAUGGUGAUUUGGAAACACAGCCCUCCCUCAUCCCACCAUACCGAAACUCCAUCCACACAUCUUUAUCAGUCCUGCUGGAGAAAUAUCAAGUCCUUCUUCGUGCAUACAGGGUGCACUUGUGGCUUUCUACACAAGAGAAAGCCGAAGACAGACACAGAAGAUGUGAAUCUUUGCGUGUGUGCCUUCAUGAAUGAAUUAGCCUGUUAUUAUAAUUUGAAAUGCAUGAGUGCAAAACGUAUGCAUGUCCUAGAACAUGUAUCACAGGCUAAGUUCUCUGCCCCGCAUCUGACCCGGGCCUGAACUUUCUCAGUAUUCUCUUUGACACCCACUUACACUUUCAUCUCUGACUGUUUAAUCCUUUUUCAUGUCUCCUGUAAAACUCUGCGCUUUUGCUCACAGCCAGAUGCGUCUUUCUUCUUCCUUCACGCAGAGAGGGAGCGAGAGAACCGCCUCGGACCAUUCGUUCCUCCUUUCAACAGCGGCGGCUCUUUGGGUUAAACCCUGAUUUGUACUGUUAGCCUAUGAGGUCCGAGACAGGCUGGUUAUUAGCUGAGUCCCCGCUGUCAGUAAGCCCCUACCUCUGAUUAUUAUCACACUGUUAUUUUUCUUUAGCGAAAUCCUCACUAAAUGGAUUUAGGGUCAACUGCGGGUUGGCACUGCGUGUGUGUGUGUGUAUGUAUGUGUGUGCACUGUUGGAUGUGGAAGAGAGCCCGAGAUAAAAGAGUUGUUUACUUGUGUAAAUGAUGCGCUCACGCACAUGUGCCUUUUCGCAUUCGACUGUGGAAGUAUAAAAAUGAACAGACACAGCUGGAUAAAGGUGCAAGGCUGCUAGACGUGCAUGUGGAAGAAAUAUUGCAAUGUAAAAUAAACAAAUUGGUUGUUUUUUCCUCUGUGCUCCGCUUAUAUAGUUCAGUGAAUAUAUACCAACAAUUAUUAACCUAAUGCAUUAUCGCAGAGGUCUUGCUACAAAUAAUAAUUAACCAUCACUCACACAUACUGAAUGUCUAUCAUGGACUGGUAUAUUAGUUUUAUUUUCUGGAUAAUUAUAUGAAUUCAUGUAUUUACAGAAUAUCGAAAAUCCUAGUAGGUAGGGUGGGGCAAAAAAACUUAAAAGGCUAAAAAGCCAACAAAGUUCAUGUAAAUGCAAACCAAGCUUUCUUGCCGUACUUUAUGUGAAAUUCUGCUUUCUGUGCGAAUGUAAUGAUAGCUGAAUGCCUCCAAGGGGUAUAUGCACAGCUUAAAUCUCAGCCAGCUAAGCCACUUCCGCUCAAAUAGCACUAAGGUCAUUUUUUCACCAAGCGAUAUGUAUUUAGUAAGAAAAUGUUAACAUUUUUGCAAACAAUAUGAUUUGUCAUGUUUAUGGAUAUAGCUUGACAGAUAGCUCGAAGCGCUUCUCCUUUUUAGUUGUCGAUUUGUGAUUCAGUGUUUGGAUAAUUUGACUCAUCUCAUUUACCGUUAUCCCAUGUGCAUCUUGAAGCUGCCAAGUGAGAAACACUAGGUGCACCGGAUGUAACAGAGCUGGCUGAAGUUUUGUCGAAAUAUGCCAUUGAUCCUUAUGCAUAUACCCCAUAACCUGAUUGAAACCAUGCAGUAUUCACGCUGAACGUAAAAUUUCAUAAAAUCUUAGUUAAUCCGUAAAUCUGCAGGUCUCCAUGAAUGUUUACAUAUAUGUUAAACAAAUGAGAUUAAAGCGAAACGUUUUGAUCUGUAUAGUAAAUAGAUGCAUUCCUAUACUAUUUUACUGUGUGAAAGAAAGAAAAUAAGGGCUUACAUUUUAUUUGGUUCAUGUUUCAUUUGUUGAGCCAGUGUUCAUUUUCUGAAUAUCUGUGCAUGUAUCUGCAAUAUCACUGAAAUGUAUUUCAUUUAUCCGGGAAAAAUAUUUGAUCUUUAAUAACAGAAAAACAAGAACAUACUGUAAACAUUCGCAAGAUUCAUAAAUGACAGUAAAAUAUUUUCUCUCAAAUUGAAAAUGCGUGUUCAGUAGCUGCCUUAUUUUUUUUACAAGUAUAAUACAAUUGGUGCCAAAGUUACAGUCCACACUGUUAAAAACAACUAUGAAUUGCUUUACGUUUUGGUGUUUUGGUGUAUUUUAAAUUACAAAGUUUUUCAAGUAGGCCUACUUAAAAAAACACUGUGCAAAUUAAGUAAAUCUUAAUAGUUGUCUUUUUACAGUAAACAAUGAUGAGGUUAUUGCACUUUUCAACCCCUUUUUCAGUCUAUUGUCAUUGAAGACUGAAAUUCUUGAAAGUUCUGACAAGUUAACUAGAUGGGAAUAAAGAUGUUACAACAUAUUGAUUUUUUUAUUUCUAUAAAGAUUAAUGCUAAGUGUCUUUUUGUUUUUAGCAAGUCACAGUUCUCUUAUUAUGACAAUCAAAAUGUAUUUUAUAGUAUAAUGAAACUUAUUCUGUUACAUGGUAAUGAGUGAUGAUUAUAUUUUUGUUUGAUUUGAUUUAUUAUUUUGCACUCUACUGUUAUGCUGCAUUGUUGGAUCUGUAAUUGCAUAAUUCCAUUGCUUCUGCUAUCAUCAGGAAAUUCACUGUGCCAAAUCUAUAUGUGAAUCUUCUUAUGAGCACUGUUUAAUGUUUGAUGGUCAAAUAUACUGUAUACAGUUCGAAGCAUA